AUGAACGUAAUAUUCAAUCGCUUACGAAAGCGAAAAUUUAUUCAAGGACCGUCUGUGUCGUCGUGGGUGAGCAAUGCAGUUUCUUCGCUCACUGACAUAAUCCAGCAAUACCAUCUUGACGGCAUCGACAUCGAUUAUGAGCAUUUCGACUAUUCCGAUCCCAACACAUUUUCUGAGUGCAUUGGGCAGCUCAUCACGCAAUUAAAGCAGAACAAUGUCAUCUCCUUCGCCUCCAUCGCUCCCGAUGACGACGGCCCAAUACAAUCCCAUUACACUGCACUCUGGAAAAACUACGGCAAUUCAAUUGACUAUGUGAAUUUCCAAUUCUAUGCCUAUGACUCGAGCACCAGCGUCUCACAGUUCAUGAACUAUUUCAACGCUCAGGAGUCUCGCUAUAGCGGUGGAAAAGUGCUGGCUAGUUCCAUGACGGAGGGAAGUGGAGGUUUGUCACCUGCGAAUGGCUUCUUUGACGCGUGCAGAAAGCUUAGAGACUCUGGCAAGCUCCACGGCAUCUUUGUGUGGUGUGCAGACAGCUCGCAGUCUAAUGACUUCCAAUAUGAAAAGCAAUCCCAGUCUGUCAUCUUGGGCUCCUGA